AUGAUCUCCACAAUAGACCCAAGGCCACGAACCGUGGAUUCUAACACCGUUUCCCCUUCGUUGACGUCAAAUGCCGCCGCGAUUUAUUUGGAAUAUGACAUUGACAACCCCCCGCCUCAUCCGGGAUCGUCCUGGACGCGUUUCGUGUGCAUUUCCGACACCCACUCGCACAUUUACCCUAUCCCACCUGGAGACGUCCUGCUCCAUUCCGGAGACCUGAGCACAGGCAGCAAUUUCACGAAUUUUGUCCUGGCGAUCAAGUGGCUAAGCUCUUUGCACCAUCCUGUCAAAAUAGUAACAGCAGGAAAUCACGAUCUCUGUUUGGAUAAUGACUGGCGAGAAGACGGAGCACUGUCUUGCCUCACUGGUGUCGUAGUGGACUCUGACGUCGCAGACGCAGCGCAAAUGCUCGUCCGCAGUGACGUCAUACGCAACGCUGGAAUAUACUACCUCGAGCACGAAGCAGUAGAAGUGACUACUGCCGGCGGUCGGACCUGGAGAGUAUAUGGUUCUCCGGCUGCUCCUCGAAAUAAAGACCGAUAUGGUGCAUUCCAAUAUAAGUUCGGGGAGGGCAAGGAAAUCUACGACCGAAUACCACCGUCGACUGAAGUCCUCUUGACACAUACGCCCCCCUUGGGUACGUUGGACAAGACGAAGAGGGGUCAAGAGGCCGGUUGCAAGGACCUUGCCACCAGUUUAGCCAGUGAAACUCUCGUUGGUUGUAGAUUGCAUGUAUUCGGGCACAUCCACGAGGCUCAUGGCGCACGGAUCAACGAGAGUACCAACGGCAGGGUCAGCGUGAAUGCUGCUCUGGCACAUUGCGGGCAGGCUGUGAUCGUGGAUUUAAGAAAUUGA